UCCGGCUAUAAAACCCUCCCAGGACCAGGCCAGCGUCCUGCCCUGAGCUGGACAUUACCUCCUUCCUCUGUGCCAGGACGCCGUCAGGACAGGCAGCAGACGAGCCUCCAACAUGAACGACAUCUACAAGGCAGCGGUUGAGCAGCUGACAGACGAACAGAAAAAUGAGUUCAAGGCUGCCUUUGACAUCUUCGUACAAGAUGCGGAGGACGGCUGCAUCAGCACCAAGGAGCUGGGGAAGGUGAUGAGGAUGCUGGGCCAGAACCCCACACCGGAGGAGCUGCAGGAGAUGAUUGACGAGGUGGAUGAAGACGGGAGUGGCACGGUGGACUUUGACGAGUUCCUGGUCAUGAUGGUGAGGUGCAUGAAGGACGACAGCAAAGGGAAGUCGGAGGAGGAACUGGCAGAGCUGUUUCGCAUGUUUGACAAGAAUGCAGAUGGUUACAUCGACCUGGAUGAGCUGAAAAUGAUGCUGGAGUCCACAGGGGAGGCGAUCACCGAGGACGACAUUGAGGAGCUGAUGAAAGACGGGGACAAGAACAACGACGGCAAAAUUGACUACGAUGAGUUCUUGGAGUUCAUGAAAGGCGUGGAGUAAUCCUGAGCAAGACAAGAUCCAGAGUGUUUUUUUUGUUUUUUUUUUGUAUUUUCCUCUGUGACUCCACAAUCGUUCGUGCACAGCCAGACGCUUGAAGACACGGAUGCCGCUGAUUGAAACAUUGGAACGACUUUGCAAGAUUCCCUCGAACAGGCCUACUGUAGCUUUCUGUAUUUUUCCUACCAUCUCUUGCAUCGUUGUAAAUACAGUUUGUAACUACUUUUGGAGCCCACGUAUACUGAAUUUGUGUAAAUGUAUCCAAAUUGACUUAUAUUUUCUUUAUAAACCCCAAGUAGUGAACCGGUCGUGUUUGUUUCAGACUAACUCAUCAUAUAGUGCCACAUGCGGUUUAGAAAUCUUCUCACUUGAGAGGCUGAUAUUGUUUAGCUGGGCAGAAAAUGUAUGUAUGCACAAAACAGAACAUAUCCGUGUGUCAACAUGGUUUUACACCAGGCUCUGGGAGACUUUUAGAGCUGUGUACUGGUUCCAGUCUGUAUACACGUUGUGAUAGGCACAUUACAUACAUUUCUGUGUGUUUAAAACACUCUCAGGACUUUCUGUUUCCCCUGUUAUGCCCCUGGAACGUCUGUGUAUUUCUACAAGGAAGGUCAUGCAAUAAAACCAAGACGCAUUUGUCAGA